GGUGUUGAAUGAUUCUGUAAAGAUGGCGGUCAGUAUCCGAGGCCGUCCGAGCCGAAGCAUUCGGAUGCGAGGUCGGAAUGACAGUGGGGAGGAAAAUGUACCACUCGAUCUCUCCAGAGAUCCUUCAGACAACCUUCGGGAAAUCCUUCAGAAUGUUGCCAAGCAACAAGGAGUCUCCAACAUGCGCAAACUCGGUCACCUGAACAACUUUAUAAAGCUUCUCUGCAAUGCAGGCCACUCAGAGGAGAAGCUUGGGUUUACACAUGAAGAGAUCAUCAUUUGUCUCCGGUUAGCGCUGUUAAAUGAGGCUAAGGAGGUGCGAGCUGCAGGCCUUAGGGCUCUACGCUACCUGAUCAGAGACAGCGCUAUUCUCCAGAAGGUCCUCCGUCUUCAGGUGGACUACCUGAUCGCCAGGUGCAUAGACAUCCAGCAAAGCAAUGAGGUGGAGAGGACACAGGCUCUCAGGCUGGUGCGAAAGAUGAUCACUGUGAAUGCACUGCUCUUCCCCUCGUCUGUAACAAACUCCCUCAUUGCCGUGGGCAAAGAUGGGCUACAGGAGCGAGACCGCAUGGUGCGCGCCUGUAUCGCCAUCAUCUGUGAACUUGCUCUGAAGAACCCUGUGGUGGUGGCCCAGAGGGGUGGUCUCAGCACCAUUCUGAAGAACGUGAUCGACUGUCAGCUGAGCCGCAUCAACGAGGCACUCAUCACUACCAUCCUACACCUCCUCAACCACCCACACACACGACAGUAUGUGCGCUCGGAUGUGGAGCUCGAGCAAAUCCUGGCCCCUUACACGGACUUCCACUACAGACACAAUGCAGACACAUCAGAGGGGCAACUCAAGGAAGACAGGGAAGCUCGAUUCCUGGCCAGUAAGAUGUCCAUAGUUGCUUCCUUUCGCUCCUGGUCAGGCAUCAUUAACCUGUGCAAGUCAGGCAACUCUGGAAUCCAGUCUCUUAUUGGCCUGCUCUGUAUACCAAAUGUGGAAGUAAGGAAAGGCUUGUUAGAGGUGAUGUAUGAUAUCUUCCGGCUCCCCAUGCCUGUUGCGACUGCAGACUUUAUUGAAGCACUUAUCAGUGUGGACCCCAGUAGGUUCCAAGACAGUUGGAGGUUAUCAGAUGGCUUUGUGGCUUCUGAAGCUAAAUGUAUCCUUCCACAUCGAGCUCGGUCAAGGCCUGACCUAAUGGAUAACUACCUGGCUUUGGUACUGUCUGCCUUCAUCAAGAGUGGACUUCUUGAGGGUCUGAUUGAGGUUAUCACAAGCACUGAUGACAACAAUUCUGUGCGAGCCACCCUUCUACUGGGAGAACUGCUUCACAUGGCCAACACCAUCCUGCCACACUCCCACAGCCACCACCUGCACUGUCUGCCCACACUCAUCAACAAGGCAGCCUCCUUCGACAUCGCUCAGGAGAAGAGACUACGGGCGAGUGCAGCGGUCAACUACCUGAAGCGCUUCCACGAGAAGAAGAAAAGAGCGCCCAAACCCAACAGCCUGUACCUGGACCACAUCAUCCGCAAAUCAAAGGCUUCACACUACUGUAGAGACCAGCACUUUAGACCACAGAGAGAUAUCUUUGUCAUUAAGGACACUGAGGAUGCUCUCAUGAUGAACCUGAGAGACAGCCACAUCCUGAACCACAAAGAGAACCUGGACUGGAACUGGGUUCUCAUCGCAACAAUACUGAAGUGGCCCAACGUUAACCUGCGGAGCAAUAAAGAUGAACAAAUUCACAAGUUUGUGCGCAGACUGCUGUUCUUUUAUAAGCCCAGCAGUAAGCUGUAUGCCAGCCUGGAGCUGGACCACAGCAAAGCCAGGCAGCUCACUGUGGUGGGAUGCCAGUUCAUUGAGUUCCUCCUGGAGUCUGACGAGGAUGGGCAGGUGUACCUGGAGGACCUGGUGAAGGACAUAGUCCAGUGGCUCUCCUCUUCUUCGGGGCUCAAGCCCGACCGCAGUCUCCAGAGCAACGGGCUGCUCACCACCCUCAGCCAGCACUACUUCCUGUUCCUAGGCACUCUUUCCUCACACCCACACGGCGUCAAGAUGCUGGAGAAGUGCAGUGUCUUCCAGUGCCUGUUGAACAUAUGUACGCUGAAGAAUCAGGACCACCUGCUGAAGCUCACUGUGUCCACACUGGACUACAGCCGUGACGGGCUGUCCAGGGUCAUCCUGUCCAAGAUCCUCACCGCUGCCACUGAUAACUGCAGGUUGUAUGCCACUAAACACCUGCGGGUGCUGCUGCGUGCCAAUGUGGAGUUCUUCAGUAAUUGGGGCAUCGAGCUCCUGGUAACCCAGCUCCACGACCGCAACAAGACUAUCUCCAUGGAGGCGCUGGACAUACUGGAUGAGGCCUGCGAGGACAAGGCAAAUCUCCAUGCUCUGAUCCAGAUGAAGCCAGCUCUCACUCACCUGGGGGACAAGGGGGUCCUGCUGCUGCUACGGUUCUUGUCCAUUCCAAAGGGCUUCUCCUACCUCAAUGAGAGGGGCUACGUCACCAAGCAGCUAGAGAAAUGGCAGAAGGAGUAUAACCUGAAGUAUGUGGACAUGAUAGAGGAGCAGCUGAACGAAGCUCUCACCACAUACCGUAAACCUGUCGAUGGAGACAACUAUGUACGUCGAAGCAACCAAAGGUUACAGAGGCCAAAUGUUUAUCUUCCUGUGCAUCUGUAUGGCCAGCUUGUCCAUGACAAGACAGGCUGCCAUCUACUGGAAGUCCAGAAUGUGGUUCCUGACCUAAGCUACACUGUUCGCUCCCCAAUGCUGGACAAGUGGGAUGGCAUUAAACAGCUUAAGGCAGCACUUUGGGCCUUGGGUAACAUAGGGUCGUCAAACUGGGGGUUGAACCUCCUACAGGAGGAGGGGGUGAUCCCUGACAUAGUGGUUCUGGCCCUGCACUGUGAGGUCCUCUCCAUCAGGGGGACGUGUCUGUACGUGUUGGGGCUGAUCUCGAAGACGCGUCAGGGCUGUGACAUGCUGAAGCAGCACGGCUGGGAUGCUGUGAGACACAGCCACCGGACGCUGUGGCCCGUUGUCCCUGAUGACAUGGAGCCCCACCCCAACCCCCCCAGCCUACUGUCCUCUGUCCCCUCCAGCCUCAGCCUGGCCUCUGACUCCACCAGCUCCAUGCACAACAGCGAGAGUGACUCCACGCAGCCCAGUAUGUACAUUAUGGACGAUGAGAGACUGGAGAACUGUGACCUGUCGGACGAUCCUCCCAUGUACAUGAGACCCAAGUACAAAGACCGCAGCCCCUUCACCCUCCUGGCCUCCAGCCGCUUCCGUAACCGCCUCCUCCAUUCCCUGUCGCUCUCCGGGAAGAAGCUCCGCAGCAACAGCGACCCCAAGGGCCGCGGAGGAGGGGUGGAGGAGGAACAGGGGCGCAAACGCACCGUCACCGAGCCCAGCUACACCUUUGGAUCUUCAGAUGUCUUCCCAAUCUAUAAUGAUGUCCAUCUGCCCAAAAGCCCCUCUGUCAACCUAGAAACUUCCUUUGUGGGCAGCAAGGCCUCUGAGAACCGGGGCAGCACCCCCAGCAUUGGGGAGGGGGAGGGGAGGCUGCCAGGCCGGUCAGUGGGGGUAGGAGGGUCAGGGGUUGGUGAGAACCAGAGAGAGCAGGCUAGCCGGGAGCGCCUGGCCGGGGAUGGCCCGUCUGGAGGGGGCGGGGGGGCUCCGUUUAAAUCGCGCAGUCAGAGCUUCAACACGGACACGACCACCAGCGGCAUCAGCUCUAUGAGCUCCAGCCCCUCCAGGGAGACCCUGCCCUCCACCAUCGACACGGACGGUGUCAGCCUUAACAGUGUGGUCAGCGCCCAGACCAUCCAGACCCUGACCUCCCUCACCCCCCAGCCCCACACCGCCCACCUCUCCUCCCUGUCCAAGUCCAGCACUGCCUCCCUGGUGCCCCCCGGCACCUCCCACACCCUCCCCCGCCGUGCCCAGUCCCUCAAGUCGCCCUCGUUGACCACCCUGAGCGGCCUGACAGACUGCAGCCUCAUGUACUCCAACUCCCGGGACGCGCUGGGCUACGCCACGCUGAAGUACGCAAGUUCUCGUGACACGUACGCCAGUCAGCGUGAUGCGCUGGGCUAUGCUACGCUGAAGAGGCUGCAGCAGCAGAGGAUCCACUCGUCCCUGUCCCACAGCGAGGCGCUGGCCUCCCCAGCCAAAGACGUGCUCUUCACUGAUACAAUCACCAUGAAGACUGGCAGCCUGGACUCCAGACUCACCCCACGGAGGUUCCUGAAGGCUCUGAGUUUUGCCUCUCUGGAUAAGGAGGAUCUGCUGAGCCCCAUCAGCCAGAGCACUCUGCAGCGGUCCUCCUCAGUGAGAUCCAUGGUGUCCAGCGCCACCUACGGCAGCUCUGAUGACUUCAUCGGCCUGGCGCUGCCCGUGGACAUCAACAACAUGUUCCAGAUAAAAGAAACACCAUAUUUCCAGAAGAGGACCAGCCCGCCCUCUGAGGACAGAUCUGCCAAAUUCUUCUCUGGAGACUCAGAUGGCCCCAGCCCUCACUCCCGGCAUGCUGUGCUUCGCUCCCAGCUGAGUAUAACAGAGCUGAUGGGGGUGAGCCGGGCGGAGCAGCAGCAGCUGCUGGUCUCAGAGGAGACUGGUCUACAGGAACACAACGAUGAUAACUGCCUUUACUGCACUGGGCUGACUGUGCUCGGCUUCAGCGCUUCCAACAGCCACCCAGACUUGACGGAGGACCAACCUUUCUCAGAGUGGUGCAGUCCACCUGUGCAGAACCACCUGGAGGUCAUGGCCCAAAACAAACUGUCAGGGGUGUCUGGGUGCAGUGAUGCUGUGUCCCAUGGCUCCCCAGGAAGCACCCGCAGCACUGAACUGGUUUUGGGAGUGAAGUCCAUCCGAGAGGAUGCUCCGGCCGGCAGGGUUCUCCUCAGGAAGGAGGUCCUGCGUCUGGUGGUCAACCUCAGCUCCUCUGUGGGGACCAAAGGCCACGAGACUAACCUGCUAACGAUCAAGGAGAAGUUCCCCUAUGCAUUCGACGACAUUUGUCUCUACUCUGAGGUAUCUUACCUGCUGGCCCACUGCAUGUUCCGUCUGUCCGCACGGCGCUUCAUCCAGGAGCUCUUCCAGGACGUGCCAUUUAUCCCGAUGUACGAAGAGGCAGAGAGCAUCCUCUCUAUGCCGCCAAAGAAUGGACCGGCCAACCCUCCCACUGAGCCUUGAGUUCUCCUCUGUCUUCCCUUCCCUCUCGUAGCCAGUCAAACCCUGAGUCACCACUACUGAUCUUCCAGUCAACCCUUUUCCCGAAUCGCAACCCCUGAACAUCAGACAACACCUACCCCUGACUUGUGAGUCAACCCUAACCACUGAACCACUGACCCUUGAGUCACCUUCCACCCCCACAUCCUCCCUUAUUUCUCCAUACCAGAGUGCACUGUAUGUCCUCCUAGCAUUUGGACACAAAUUAGAGAAGAUAUGGCGGAGUGAAGAAAUAUGUUCUUCCUAUUGACUUUAAGAUAUGACGGAUGGAUAACACAGGAUGAACAGAUAUACAUGUUUAAUCUGAUAAAAUGAUAACAGCCAGCUGUGAGCGUUUUUUAACCGAGCUCAUAUUGGGAAAUUCAUCACCAACUGAACAUGGACCACAAUCAAAUCCAAAUGGCAUAAUACAAUAAUGUAAAACGGUCCAUCAUUUCUGAGGGUUUCCUCAUUUUUUCUAAGUAUAUGACUGCAUCCCAACCACUUAUAUGAAAUAACUUAGCAUGUUGUUUUUAGCUCAGCUUCUCCCAAAGUGGAUCCACUGACUUUGACUAAAACACUGAAGAGGAGGGUUCCUCUGCAUAACACUAAAACCUCUCUGUGUCUGGAGAGAGGACCAUGACAUUGUGAAUAUCCAUAUGUCUAUUCAUUGCACCUGAACAAAGAACAGUGAAGGAGAAUAGUGAUGAAAAGGCUUUUGGUAUUGCUCUAUUCAGUAACGGUAGAUACAGGUAGACCAGACGAUCAUCAGUCACUGAUGCAGUUUGGUUGUUGCCUGUUUGUUGACAUGUGCUAAAGAGGAAAUGUUCCUCCUUGCGCCUUGCUGGAUUUUGUUUUGUUGUUAUGUUUUAUUUUGUCUGUGUUUUUAAGCAUUUAUGCCAAGAACCGAACAACUACAUGUAGGAGUGAAAUCUACCAAAUGAUUGCCAUUGAACAUCGGUCUGUGUGUUUCAGUACAGAGGAGUUAUUAACGGUCAGUUAUUGAACUGAUGUUUGAAACUACGGCUGCAUGUAUUAUUGUUUUGUUUAUUACCUAGCUAUUUAAACCCUAAAGUAAAAGCACAGGGUUAGAACAAUAGAUUUGGUGCUCGUCAAGGUGAAAGAAUACACAUACUGUAUGUGACUGUAUGGUAGUGUUUAUGUAUUCAUGUUAGGACAUGCUUCUCUGCUCCUUUUUCUGCCAUGGAAUUCCCCAGAACAUGGUCCAUGAAAACAGUCACUACUUGAUGGCCAAGGAGAAUUGCUGCUUCAGUAUUGGGCAGAAGUCAGUUGCCAUUCCUCUGUCAGUUGCCAUUCCUUAGACAGCAUCCUUUGGAUACGCUGUCUGCCUGUCCUCAUUCUGGUAAAACUGGCGAAUAAUUAAACUGGAGCAAACAUUUUAAAGUGGAGAGCAGGGGCUGCCUGAACAUGUGCAAUAAGAACACUCAUUUCAUUUGAAAACUCUUCCAAUGACAGCCACUUCCGGUCGUUAUCCAGAAAUCUAGCUACAUGUUUGUAAAAUGAUGGCUUAAAAGUCUUAAAACAUUUCAAUAUGGGAUUGUACUGAUGUUUUUUGCUAUGCAAGAUGAUGAGUAAUGGGGUUUAAUGUUGUACUUUUUCAGCUUUUGUUAACAUUUUGUUUAGGCAGCUGAAAUAACAUUGCCUUAUUUUUUGGUAUGCUCUGACAUGCAAUGAGAAAUUAUUUUAUAACUUCUAAUUUAUAUUAGAAGUAAAUAAUUCUGGCCCUAAUUAUAGCUGAAUUAAUUGAUAAAUAGGUUGUGAAAAUAAUAAGCAACCAAUGUUAAGGCCACUAUCUACCUAUGUCUAUCUAUUGUAGAGAGAAGAGCCUGCCAAAAGCACCUGCCUGGUUUUAGAGUGCUGAUGUGUAGCUUGGCUGGUUUGGGGAAUUAGCUGUUGAUGUGUUCUUUAGUAACUGUUUUAAGGAAGUGGUGGUUACCAUUGUGUUAAUUUCCAACCUGCCGUGAGAACAUUAUUCACUUUGACUGACAAUGAUACUUCUAUUGCUGCACUGUUUGUGCUGAAUCAUUCAACAACAACAUGCACUUAUGAUUGUUAUGACACAAUGGAAAUGUUUAGUCCUACUGUUGAUAAUGGCCUUGGUUAGUUAAGUUAUGAAGUGGUUAGAGAAAUGGACUGGUGACAAGAGGAUUGGGGUGCACUUUAAUUGCACUCAGCAAUCAACAUUCCUCUGUAUAAAUGCAUCAUGUUGAAAACAUAAGUCCUCUGCAAGCGGAGAAUUCUAUAGUUGCAGUCCACAAUGUGCAUGUUUGAUCACUACUCUAAAUGAAAAAGAAAUGGGGAUAUUUUAAUAUUGCAGAUUCCACUAUUCCUUCAUAGAACUUUCUUUUUUACAUUUGCAUUCUAAGCUCACCUUUUCAACUAACUGCACAUUCUAAACAGUGGUAAAAUGUUACAUUUCAUAGCAGGUUUUAACAUUAUACUUAUGUUUCAGAUAGAUAUGGAAUAAGGUAAAUUAUUUGGGAACAUAAUUGUACUACUUUCUGUUGGGGACCAAAAAGCCAAACUGACAUAACUAGUGGGAAUUGUUCUCAAGCAAUUGGAACAACAGGAAGUAAUACCUUACAUAUUUAACUUCUGUGUGCAUUUUAAGUCAUUUGAAAAAAUGUGCCCCUUCUUAUUCUUAGUGUUGUAAGUGGACUUAUUCUGAGCUUCUCUAAAGCACUGUAUGGGGAUCUGUAAACAAAUCCUUUAUUAUGUACCUGGACCGUUUAGGAACAGAGAGACAAAGAUAAAUGUUAUUUAUAUCUUUCCUCAAGAUAAAACAUUUUCAAGGAGCUGUAUAUAAGACUGUUUUUUUGCCCAAUUUGUGGUUUCCCUUAUACAGAACACUGUAUGUUUUUGGCAUUAUAUGGGCCAUUAGAAUAAAUCUUAUUAAAGGGAUGCAUUGAUAAUAAAAACAUACAUCAACUGCUCA